UCAUCUCCACUAAGAUUUAAUGUGUACAUAUCUCUGUUGGCAGUUUGCGUUCGUGAGAUUCAGAUGCAAAACUGUGAGCUAAAAAUCCAAACCCCUCUCCUUAAUUAGAUAUUUUCUUAAUAAGAUCCGACAAUGAGAGUUGGGCGAAAAUCCCAUCUGCGGGCAUCUGUAUCCGCCACCAGUUGAGGAAGGUAUAUUAAAUGGAAAGAGAAUGUCCUUAGCAGGCGAAGGGCGUUUCCGUUAAGAUAUUUAGUAAGGAAAAAAUUGGUUCGAAUCCACCCAUUGUUUUCCCAUACUUUCUUCGGGGUUUUGCGAUUGGCCAAAAUUCCCACUUACAUUUCCUCUGCCCAGAAGUCAAGCUCUUGUGAAUCUUUGGAAGUGCUUGAUCCAAAACUAGAGACCAAAUUGUCCGAAUCGAACGUUAAUCAUCUCCAUAAAUCCACAGCCCAUAUUUUGGAAGUGAUCAGAAAGGGAUUGCACAAGAGAGUAACAAAAAAAAAAAAGAGAAAAAAGGUCGAUCCUUAUGCUAGGCAACUAGGUGCCGUCAAAAGGAUAGCUUGCAAUAUUAUGGAGAAAAUGGUGGAAGCUGUUGUCUUGCUUUUUUUCGUAUUAUCUGGGCUCAGGGUUGAAGCAGAUGGAUCAGAUCAUAAAUACAAGGAGAAAGAAAAGGUGCCUUUGUACGUCAAUAAAGUGGGUCCUUUCCAAAACCCAAGUGAAACAUACCGCUAUUAUGAUCUGCCAUUCUGUAUUCCAGAACAUGUGACUGAGAAAAAGGAAUAUCUUGGUGAAGUUCUAAAUGGUGACCGUUUAGUUGAUGCACCAUAUCAGCUGGAUUUUCGAGUGGAUAAAGAGUCAGAAGUUCUCUGUAAGAAGACAUUGUCAAAAGAAGAUGUAGCGAAGUUUAAGGAUGCUGUCCUAAAGGAUUACUACUUCCAGAUGUACUAUGAUGAUUUGCCAAUUUGGGGAUUCAUUGGAAAGGUUGAGAAAGAUGAUCAAACUGACCCAGGCGAGUUUAGAUAUUUACUAUAUAAGCAUAUUCACUUCGAUAUUUCUUACAACCAGGAUCGUGUAAUUGAGAUUAAUGUUCAGACUGAUCCUAAUUUAGCCAUAGACAUAUCAGAAGAGAAGGAAAUAGAGACAGAAUUCUUAUAUUCAGUGAAAUGGAAAGAGACUGAAAUCCCUUUUGAUAGAAGGAUGGAUAAGUUCUCACAGUCUUCUUCAACUCCUCAACACUUGGAAAUUCAUUGGUUCUCUAUAAUAAAUUCUUGUGUUACAGUCGUCCUCCUAACUGGGUUUCUUGCAACUAUUCUCAUGCGUGUACUUAAGAAUGACUUUGUCAAGUAUUCACAUGAUGAGGAGUCACCUGAUGACCAGGAAGAGACAGGGUGGAAAUAUAUCCAUGGAGAUGUUUUCCGAUUUCCCAAACAUAAAUCCCUAUUUGCUGCAGUUCUUGGAUCUGGUGCUCAGCUCUUAGCUCUUGCAAUAUUCAUCUUCAUCCUUUCACUGGUUGGGGUCUUUUAUCCAUACAAUCGAGGAGCAUUAUUUACAGCAUUAGUUGUCAUAUAUGCUCUUACUUCUGGAAUUGCUGGUUACAUGGCGACAUCCACUUACUUGCAACUAGAAGGAACAAAUUGGGUUAGGAACUUAUUGCUGACAGGAUGCUUGUUCUGUGGCCCUCUCUUUUUGACAUUUUGUUUCCUGAACACUGUAGCUAUCAUAUAUAAUGCAACUGCAGCUUUGCCUUUUGGCACUAUCUUGGUGAUUCUUCUUAUAUGGACACUAGUGACGUCUCCUUUGCUUGUAUUGGGUGGGAUUGCUGGUAAGAACAGCAAGACUGAGUUCCAAGCUCCUUGUCGCACAAAAAAGUACCCUAGAGAAAUACCUCCACUACCAUGGUACAGGAGAACUAUUCCUCAGAUGGCCAUGGCUGGCUUCCUUCCCUUCAGUGCCAUCUAUAUUGAGCUAUAUUACAUAUUUGCAAGUGUAUGGGGUCACAAAAUCUAUACCAUCUACAGCAUUCUGUUCAUAGUCUUUAUCAUUCUUAUCAUUGUGACUGCAUUCAUCACGGUGGCAUUGACAUACUUCCAGCUAGCAGUCGAGGACCAUGAGUGGUGGUGGAGGUCUGUCAUUUGUGGAGGAUCUACUGGGAUUUUCAUCUUUGGCUACUGCAUUUAUUAUUACUUUGCGAGAUCAGAUAUGUCAGGUUUCAUGCAAACAUCUUUUUUCUUUGGUUACAUGGCCUGCAUAUGCUAUGGGUUCUUCCUCAUGUUGGGCACAGUUGGAUUCUGUGCAUCGUUGCAGUUUGUUCGCCACAUAUACCAGUCGAUCAAAUGUGAGUAGGUCGACCAAGUCAUUCUAGCAAUCUCCACUGCUUCACUUGCCAUGGUUGUUUAACCGGCUGAGUCAUUUCAUUUCUCAUACCAAGCCCAAAAGCUGCAGAAGAAAAGAACUGGCAUGUUAAACCUCCAAACAUGUCGUUUUCGUUUAUGUGCGUCUUGAAAAUUUUGUUCCCCUCAUACUAUUUUGUUCCUUUGUUCUAAAUUACGUUCAAUUUUAAUGAGAAAGCCUUGUUAUUUUUUUAAAGAAAUUUGCACUUCCGAAACUUGAAAGAAAUUUGCAGUUUCUGUGCUUUUCA